GCAACCAUAACUUCCACUUGUUGCUCAAACAACACUUAGAGCUUUAAGGAUGAUGUGCAUUGUAAAAUACAGUUUUCUGCUGGUCAUGAUCUGUUUAAAAAGCUCCUCGUUGGCAGCCACAUAUCUGAAAGAAUUAACUGGAGCUUUGGGGAAAGACACCACCAUUGAGUGCACUAAUAAACCUGAUCAACAUGGUGUGUACAUGUACAGACAAGAAAAGGCUAGUAAACUGAAGGAAAUUGUAUACCUUUACAAAGAUAACACUCUUACCUAUAAAGAAAUUAAAGAAUCCAAAAUCAGAGUAAGUACAGCAUUCCCCAACCUAAAUGUCACCAUCCUAAAUGCAACUCUUGACGACGCUGGACUUUAUUGGUGUGAAUAUAAUAAAGAAGAAAUAAUUACCCUUAGCAAAUUCACUUUGUUAUGGAUAGACACAGUGCCAGACCCAAGCCCAUUGUGCCCACGCCCGGAGUGUCCUGAUACAUAUUCCUAUGUGAUCAUCAUCUUCAUUUUGUGUGCUGCUGUGGGUCUACUGUGCUUUUUUGGUUUCUACUGCGUGAUUCGGAAGCGGUGUAUGGGGAAAAAGCAAUUCACACCAUCAAAUCAAUUCUCAGUCCCAGUCUAUGAAGAGAUGAAUCGGAGCAACUUGUCCAAUGCAAGGUCAUUAAUCAACCCUGAUUACCACCCUAUAAAUAAACUUUAAAACACAUGAUUGAUACCCAUGUAAUUGUUCAUAAAAGACAACAUUCUUAUUGUUUGAAUAUCAUACAAAUUAAUUCAACUUCCUGUUUUUCAGAAACAUUUGAAGUAGAUUAAGUGUGAAGAAUAAAAAAUGCAGAAGCUGAAGAGAUAUAAUUAGCUAAUGCUGUCUCACUUGUGGUUAAAUGUUUACCCGAAUGCUCAGUGGAAACAAAAAAUGGAUGACGUGUUUGUUAGUUUCAAUAUGAUACUAAACAGGCCAUUUUUAAAUUAUGAAAUUGACACCCAUAAUCAUAUUUCACUCCUCUUUUACUUCAUAAAAUAAUAAUAUUAUUAAUAAUAAUAAUAAUAAUAAUAAUAAUAGGGGUGGCACAGUGGGUGGUACUGU